CACAAUGUCUUUAUGGCUCUCUGAUUUCAUUCGUUUGCACUUCCACUUCACGUCACAAUGGUCUCUACUAAUAUAUGCUGUCACUUGGGUUACGGCACUGACAUUGACAGUAGCAGUGGCCUCAUUUUCCUCAGAGGUAGCUUUUGUCUUCGCCAUUUCACCCUCUAACAAGUGCCAAGGUAAUGAAAUUAGAGUUCCCUUGGAUGUUCCAGGAGACACACUAUGUAUCCCUGGUCACCUCUUUGUCAAGUCUAAAAUUGAUCUCAUUGUUCCACCCGUCUUUGCAGCACUUAUUGUAGCUUCAUCAGCUUGCGUCGUUCGAGCUGUGGGUUUGUGGGAGAAUGGAUGAUUAAGACUUUUGUUUCAUCUUAUUUGUUAUAUUUAAAAUACAUUUAUGUUCAUGAAAGAUUUAAAA